AUGGAAUCAAUAGGUAACGAUUGUAUAUCGUCAAUUAUCAAUCUUUACUUUUAUUGUAUCAAUUUGUUAACGGAUGGUAAUACAACAACAACAACAACAACAACAGCAACAACGACGACGAUAAAGAAAAUAGAAAAUGCAUCAACAUCUAAUCAUUACUUUAAAGAUACAUUAUUUAAAAUAUCAAUGAUAUCAAUAUUAUAUCGUCAAGACGAUAACCAAAGUGUAAUGAAUCUAUUGAUGACUUGUAAAGAUGCUAUGAAAUGGAAGGACAGUGUAGUGUUUCCAAGAUUACCUUUGAAUGAUAUCGUUCUUGGAAAAAUCAAUCAACAACUACCUCGACGAUAUAAUAGUGUAGAUAUCGAGAAUGAGGGAGAUCUACACUAUUUCAAAAAGAAUAAAGAUGGUUUAAUCAAUCAUCACUGUCGAGAACUAAAAUAUCUUAUUAGUAAACCAAUACCAGCUGGAUUCAUACCAGAUCAUUUUACAAAGAUAAUCUCUCGUGGAGGAAUACAAGUUGGAUCAAUACCACCAUUCACAACUCAUCUCAUACUGAACAGUUGUUUACAAGAUCAAAAGAUAUAUCGAAAGCUCUUCCCAGAUACAUUGGAAAAACUCUAUCUACCAUAUGGAGAGCUUGACAAACGCUCAGACAUUCAAGAUCUUUUACCACACAAUAUUAGGGUACUUUCUAUCACAUCCAAUUUGGUGAAACCCUAUCUAUUUAAACUCAAGCAACUACGUAGCCUCACCAUAUUCGAAAUCUUUGGUGAACAAGACAGUGAUGAAGAUGAGGACUAUGACAAACAUAUUGAUGUGCAUAGAGGGACUCUACCCAAUACAAUCGAGCAUUUAUAUCUUGAAAAUUGUGUCAUCGAGACUGGAUACAUUCUUCCAUCAAGUAUAAAGUACCUCUCAAUCAACCUCGACAAAAACUCUCUUGAUUGUGUUCCCUCUUCUGUAGAGUAUCUACAUAUAUAUUCAAACCGACAGGAUGAUCGUACAACAGUCUUGGAAGGAACCAUUCCUUCAUCAGUUACAACUCUAAAGUUGGAUGGCCCACUCCAACUUAGUCAUAAAUUGCAUAUCCCACGGUCAGUCACCACCUUGACCCUUGAAGGUCUUGAAUCAGUCCCACCCAUUCACAUUAUCCCAGAUAGCAUCACCACACUCUAUAUCAGAGGAUUAAAUUGUCAAUUUGAUGGAACCAGAUACCCAAAGAGUAUCAAGUAUUUUGGUAUGGAUAGAGAAUACAAAUUCCCACUCAAAUCAUGUAUUCCACCAUCAACAAAGUAUUUUGAUUAUCAAGUCUCCAAUCCAUCUAAAGUUAAAGCCAAAGAUAUUCCAAAUGGAGUUACUCAUAUUAGAUUUGGUCCUAAAUUUGAUCAAUCAUUGGUUCAAGGAUUUAUACCAGACAGUUGUGAGUAUUUAGAAUUCCCUAGCAACUAUGAUAAAGUACCACUUUGGCGGGCAGUACCAAAACAUUUAAAAACUGUAGCUUGUAGUCCACUCUGUCACAAUAUUAGUGAAAACAUACCAUCAUCCAUCAAACAAACAUGUUCAACCAAAGCUCCCAAAGGAGGCCCUUGGGCGAACCAUCCAGGCUUUGAUUUUUGGGACUUUAAUGAUUGGCAUUUGGAAAUUUAA